UGAAUUUUAUUUCAUCUUGUUUACUAUAAACUUUUCCACUUUAUGAGUUUCGUUUGACAGAAAAAAAAAAUCGAGGCAAAAGAGAAUUAAAAUUAAAUAACGUAAUUAAAAAAUGUACAAUAAUACAGAUUGUUCCGUGUACGACCCAAUACGAUAUAUCAGAGGAGGGAUAAAAAUAGUCAUAUCGCUUAUUUGUAAGAGCUAAGAUAUAUCGAUUUGCUUUUAAUAAUUUUUAACUUAGCAGAGAGAGAAGUAGAUCAGAGAAGUGGAAUGACAUAGUUACAAAUUGAAACUCUUUCUCUUUCGUUCUCACUUCGUUUAAUAAGUAAUUUUUUUAAUCCCAUUGUCAUCUCAAUUUAACGAUAAAAAAUAACGAGUGAUUAUUAAGAUUCAAUAAAUCGAGUUUUCAUUUAACCACAACGAAAAUAUAUUCCCUUACUCGAGAUCGAAGGUUAACUCUUAAUUACUUUCCCAUUAAUUAAUCGAGGAUUCAGGUAAAGAGAGAGAAAGAGAGAGAGAGAGAGAAGAAAAAAAACUCGAAAUUUGAUUGCUCAUUACGUAAAUGGAGAGGCAGCAAUUUUCUUCUUUUCCACCGAGCUUUCGCUUUAAAACCCGCCCACUACAAUGACCCACUCGCCAGUUUUGCUCGAUAUAUCGAUUUUCUAGGGACAACAGGAGGAGUGCCCGUGAAGAGCUUACUACCUUGCCACUUCAAAAUAAGAAACGUCCGCCCUUAUUUCGACGAAAACGUGAUACACAUUUUAACUCGAAUUCGGACAAGAAUCAUUCUUUCCUUUGAUUAAAUCGUUGAAAAAAUAAAACGUCUCAAAUUUGAAUGAAUUGAAUCUCAAAAAAAAAUUCAUCGUUACAACGAGUUUCUUUCGUACUGGAAUAUAAUUGAAAUUGACAAAUAUUUUCGAUAUUUAAAUUUCUAAGUUUUAAGUAAGAUCGAGAUGAUCUCCAUUUUCCUCGAAUCACUUCGAGGGUACGAGGAAGAAGUUUAGGGGUUAGAAGAGAUAAAGGGGUUAUGCGAAAAAGUGUCGGUGGUGACGGGAUCGCAAUGAAAGUCAAUAAACCGUGAUGAGUAAGAGAGAGUAACAGUCGGAGUGGUAUUAAUAAAUUAGUGUCUAGUUGCUACAAGCAGCAGCAGCAGCGGCGGCGGCAGUAACAGGAGAUGGUGGAAUAACGGAUAAAGAAAGAAUAGGAAAAUCGAUGGAGAAGAGUGAUGAGGACGAAGAUGGAAAGUGGAUAUUCGAUCUGGAUUUUCUUUGAGAGUUUUCGAGCUUCUUAAUCCCUUCAAGCAAGGAAACAAGGAUGAUCGACCAGAAAAGAUGGAUCUUGAGGAUCCUCGUUUUGGCAAACGUUCACGCCGCGUUCGCCUCGAUCAACCUAACAGAUUCAUCGGAGAUCGAUCAAUCGAACGAGAUGGACUCGUUCACAACCACGAAGAGGACGUUUCUUGACAGGUGUCUGGUGAAGACCGAGCCAGGCCCGUGCAAACAGUACGUCACCAGGUGGACGUUCAUCAAGACUGAGGGGAAAUGCAAGACUUUCUCUUACGGCGGCUGCUUAGGGAACGAGAAUCGUUUCAACUCGGAAGCCGAGUGUCUACAUUAUUGCGUGGGUGGCCCUGAACACACACUGCCUCAUAUGGUCACGAACGGGAACGUACUUGUAACGAGCACAGCAACCACGAACACACUGCCUUCUACCACCGCCAUCACUUCACGGCCAACGUUUUCGCCACCAGAACCGACGAAACCGCCUGUACCAAAGUACAAACGAGGAAAGGAGCUCACCUUCAUGGAAUCUGGCUACGAGAAAACUUUUAUGUUCGCCCAAAGCAACACGUUUAUACAACUCGACGGUAGCGGUAUAAAACCGUUUCAACUUCGACUGUGUCGCGAGAUAUCGUUCAAAUUUCGCACGAAAUUACCCCACGGUUUGCUGGUGUAUCACAGCGUGAAGGAUCGGCCAGAGAUCCGGUUAGACCCGUAUGCUCUUUACGUGAUCGUGGAGAAAGGGCAGCUGAAAGUGGUCCACGUGUUCGGGAAACGAUCAACAAGCCUGACGGUAGGCGAGGGGUUGAACAGGGAUGAAUGGCACAGCGUUUUGGUGAGGAUCGACGUCCACGGGGCGAAAUUGAUCGCCAGGGUGGACGAUAAACAAGAAGAGACCACGCUUGAAGUCUUGGAACACGUGAUCAAUUAUGGAGUGUCCGAGGAACUGGCGUCUGUCGUCCUUAUUGGUGGGUUGAGUUCCGAAGAAAGAUUGCACGGCGUGAAAUACAUAAUAGAAUCAUUCGUUGGCUGUAUACGAGAUAUGGUUCUCAGCUCGGGCAAAUCGGCCAGCGAUUUGCUGCCCAUUCAACCUCUGAUUGCGACAAAACACGAAAACGUGAGAGAGGGUUGCAUAGACAAAUGUAGAACACGAGAAAAUCUCUGUUUCAUCUCGAGUCAAUGCGUGAAUCACUAUAAUAGUUUAACUUGCGAUUGCUUUGGAACGAAGUAUGAAGGAGAACGAUGCGAUGUAUAUACGGCCACGAUCUUAACGUUAAGAGGUUCCUCGUACGUAUCUUUCCGGGUUUACGACUGGAAGGACAGAGUUCACUCGUCCGUCAACAGGAUAAGCCUUGCGUUCAAGACGAAAUGGGACGACUCGGCUCUGUUCUACGCUUCCGGGGAAAUCGACGGUACGCCGCACUACGUGGCAGCCUCCAUAGUGAACGGAUCGGUGCACAUCGAGUUGGAUUUCGGCCACAAUUCGAAGAUCGCCACUGUACUCGGCGAUUAUAUCACGUCGAAUCAUUGGAACAAUCUGACGAUAUUCCACAACGGAUCGUUGGUCUUCGUCAGCCUGGACGACGAGAUUAAAGUGCUCGAGAUACCCGGUGAAAAUUAUAAUAUGAUCAUCGAUCCUGAGAUCUACAUAGGCGGUGGCCCGGAAUUGUACAAGAAGAAGGGACUUUCGUCGCACAAUAAUUUCGCAGGCUCGCUGAAAUACGUUUUCUUCAACGACAAGUCCAUUAUUUAUGAGUUGAAACGUUCCAACCCCAUGGUGCAUUAUAUCGGUGUGCUCGAGCCCGAAUACUACGAGGCGGAUGUUGAUGUGAUUCCAAUAACAUAUCCGUUCGCGACCAGCCACAUUUGGUGGCCAAUAGCGCGGACCGACUCCCUUAAAUUGAACUUCGACUUCAAGAGUUCGAAGCCUGUGGCCGUGGUCGCGUCUGGGGACGUGAAAUGCAAUCGUAGCUUCGGUUACUGGGAGCUCCAACUGGUGAACGACGAAAUCCGUUUUCAACUGAUCCCGGUGUUGGGCGAAAACGUCACGGUCACGACUGCGGUGAAGUUCCCGCCUUACAACACGUCUUGGCACGCGGUCGAAUUAAAUUACACGAGAGGGGAGAUCAGCGUUCUGGUGGAUUAUAGGAACAAGCAGAGCAAAUUAUUCUCGAUGACGUUCGAGCUGGGCGACAAAGUUAUCAUAGGAAGUGGGAAGAACAACACGGGUUUGGUCGGGUGUAUGCGCGAGAUACGGGUGAACGAGGAGAGGAUAGAGCCUAGAUACGUGAUGAACACCGACAGAGUUAUGGGUGAAGUAGCGUUGGACAAUUGCCAAUUCAUCGAUCCUUGCACCAGGCCCAACACUUGCGAGCAUGGAGGCAAAUGCUCGGUGAAAAAGGACGAGAUCAGCUGCGAUUGCACCGACACCGGUUACGUAGGGAAAAAUUGUCAUUUCACUAAAUUCAGAAAAACCUGCGAGGAAUUGGCAUUGUUAGGGUACACCCAGGACGAUGUGUACAAAAUCGACAUCGACGGUAACGGUAGAUUUCCUCCUGCCCUGGUGAAAUGCGAGUUCCAAUCCAUCGAGAACUCGACGAAGACCAUCGUGGAGCACAAUUUGCCCUCGCAAGUCGACGUCAGAUCGAUCGCAGAAUCUGAUUUCUCGUUCAACAUCAAGUACAGGCAAUUCACCGCCGAGAUGCUUCAAGAAUUGAUCUCGCACUCGUUGUAUUGCAGCCAGUACGUCAAGUACGAUUGCUACAAGGCGCCGUUGGAAUUGCACAGCGCCACGUGGUUCCUUAACUCGAAGGGAACAACCGUGGAUUACAUUGGAAAUGUGAACAGAGGAUCUUGUCCUUGUGGAAUGAACAAGACAUGCAUUAAUCCAAAUUUAAGCUGCAAUUGCGAUUUCACCGGAAACGGGGAUAAAUGGCUUUCCGACGAGGGGUAUUACGAAACACCGGAUUCUUUGGGUAUCACGGGAAUGGUAUUCUUGCAACAAAGGGAUCUCGAGGAAGACGCACAAGGGCGAAUUACCUUGGGUCCAUUAGAGUGCGUCGAAACGAAUACACAGAAGUACGUUGUAACAUUCACCACUUCGCAAUCAUACAUCGAAGUACCAGGUUGGAGAAAAGGUGAUAUAGCAUUCAGUUUUCGAACGACUGGGGAGAAAGCUAUCCUACUCUAUCAACCGCCCAUCAGAAACAAUUAUCCAUCUUUCAUGGUUGCUUUGACCUCGGAGUAUCGGUUGACGUUUAAUUUCACCCUGAGCACGGGUGUUAUAAAGGGUAUAGAGGUGGAGAGUAAAAGAAAAUUGAACAACGGGGAAUGGCAGAAGAUAUGGAUCGAUUAUAACAAUUAUCACGUCAGAUUAAUGAUCAACACCGAUUCUCAAAUGCUCGACCUCGAAGACAAGUUUGGACCGUUCGAGGGCUCUAUGUUUAUCGGUGGAGCCACUGCAGAACAUUUGAGAACUUCUUCAGUUCAGCAAGGACUCAUAGGCUGUUUUCGAGGUUUGGUCGUGAACGGAGAGAUCCUGGACAUUCACAGUUACAUGUCUGUUCAUUUGUCCGAGAUCAUCAAAGAUUGCAAACCUUUUUGUCAACCGAACAAAUGCCAGAACGGUGCAAGGUGCGUGGAAUUGUGGAGCAACUACAAAUGCGUCUGUGAGAACAAAUGGGCCCAUUUUGGCGACUAUUGCGAGAAUAAUAUAAACAACGAGGCGUUGACAUUUACCUCGCAAAGUGCUUUCCUGAAGAAGAAUUACUUCGGCACGGACGAAAAGGACGAAGAAAAAUCUCUGUUGAAGAAUAUACUGAUGAAAAAUAUCCUAAUCAAUCUGAGAACAUACGACACUUAUUCCUCCAUUUUGUACGCGAACGAUAACUUGAACAACUUUGCCCAUCUUUACAUCUCGAAUGGCACCAGUAUAGUUUAUCUGUUCAACGCUGGUAACGAGAUUAAGAAUAUCACCGUGGAAUAUCCGGUGAACACAGGGAUCUCGAUCCAAAUCGCGAUCAUUCGGAACGAGAGCUCGACCACGCUUCACGUGAACGAGUACAAUUCUACGUUGAACGCCACGCUUGUAUUACUGGACACGUAUUCGAACAAACCUUGGAUAAAUCCGGAGAAAGAGGUGUUAGCUCCUCAGAGGCCGCCGGCCUCGCCCACCAGCUACUUCCAGGUGAAUCUAGGGGGUUUCGAUCCGGAUGAUUUGCUGAGAGUCGGCAAAGAGGACGUGCAAAUUAAAGGGUACGUCGGCUGUCUUGGCGGACUAAUGAUUGGAGAAUACGCGGUCAAUUUGUCCAAGCUUGCAAACGAAGCUAAUCACGAGGGUAACAAGGAAAUACUUCCUAAUUGCCAAACGAAAUGCGAUGCAAUGCCUUGCAAGAAUUUGGGGAUCUGCACCGAGGAUUUUGAGAGGCAGGAAUCAUUGUGCAAUUGCGAGUUGACGUCGUAUUUCGGGGAGCAUUGCGCCGAUGAAAAAGGGGCAGACUUCAGUGGCGAGAGCGUCGUUCAACGGGAGUUCGAUCUCGUUGGAAAAGUGAAUCAAGUGAAAGUUCAACUCGCAUUUUCGACCAACGAGCUACGACAACGUACCACAGCUCUUCUACUCUUACAGACAGAAAAUAAAAGAAGCUACUACCUGCUCGUUGCUUUAACGUCAGAGGGUCAAUUGAUCUUUGAGGAAGACAGAGAAGGAUCCGCGUUCGGAGUGCGUUUAAACGAUAUAAAUUUUUUGAACGGGGCCAGGCACAGCAUUUACUACGUUCGAGACAAUAGCACCGUCACGUUUCUGAUCGAUCGUGAACCAGUGACACUGUUACCGAUCCCAGCGUUGACUCUCGGGGAGGACGAGAGCCCCGGGGUGACCGAGAUCCAACUAGGCGGUCUGAACACGACAGACUCGCGAUUCAGCGCGUACAAGGGAUACACCGGUUGUCUGAGCAACGUCGUGGUAUCGAUCAACGGGGGACCCGACAUGAAGCCGCUCGAGGAGUAUAUGCUAUUCACGAAACAGGGAAGCGAAACCGUGAGGGCGACGAUGCCUGCCGGCGUCAGGAGCGCGCAGUGCGCCGUUUUCCACGUCCAACCGCACGGCCUUGACCCACCCAAGAACGAUAGCAACGUGGGUGUCGACAAAGUGUGGGUGGAGGACCCCCCGGAGAGGAUACCGUACAAAUCGCAAUACACGAACGCGACCCAGGAGGAGCAAGGUGCUGGUACUUACAUCUUCAUCGCGUUGUGUUGCGUAUUCGUGACGGCGGUGAUCGGUUGCAUCUACGAGGUGUGGCGGAGCGCGAGGAAAGAUCGGCGCCGAAGGCGCGCAUCAGUCGCCUCCACGGUACCCGCGCCCGGAUCCCAGAGAUGGCAAUCGCAACAGUACACGGAUCCAUUGACGGGUGGAGUGAAAACGGUCGGGUUCAAGAACGUGGCCGAGGACGAGAAAAGACCGAACGGCACGCACAUGAAGGCCGCGGUCAAGGAAUAUAAACCGCUUGCCAACGCGGAGUCGAAAGAAUUGAUUAACGAUAAAAGAGUUCAUAUCAUAGCAGAUGAAGAACCAGAGAAGAAGGAGCUCCUAGGGGUAAAUACAGGCAUCAUCACUAAAUCUCCGAAACUGAAUCCAUUCUCGAUGGAAGAUCUACAGGAGGAACCUGAAUUGGAAGAAUGCGAGGAAGAGGAACCAGAUGAAGAAGAUGAAGAUGAAGAUGAAGAUAAUCCCAAAGAACAAAAUACAGACGAGGAGGAGAUACAUCAAAAAACAGAACGUACUGAUGAUAAUGAUUUUGUCAAAUCGCCAGAAAAUUCGUCUAGGAUAAGUGUCGAAGAGAGUGUUGAUUCCUUAAACAACAAUCCGAAACACGAUGAAACAAAAACGCAAUACGAAGUUUAAAGGAAAACAUGCUAAAUGGUAUUGGACAACGAUCAAGAAUCGAAAAUUUAUUUUCAGAUUCUGCAAGGCGUUACAUUUACAAUCUGCCAUCUAUCUAUUUACCGGAUCGAAGAAUUUUUGGAUAUCCAUUGAAUUAUCCUGAUUUAGCGAAAUAUCAAUCAAGAAAUAGAAAUUCUAUUGAAUCGGUAUUAUCUUUGGAUUAGUGGAUACUUUUCAAAUUUAAACAAUUUUUAAUUUCGCGCCAUGUUAUGUGCGCACGCAUCACAACUCUGAAGAUAAUGCGAAAUAAAAGAAUUUUAAUGUACAACGAUAUACAAUAACGAAUCCUCGUUAAAUAUUUUAUGAUAGUUCUUAACUACGAAAAAAAAUCUUUAAUUUGUUUUAAAAAUAUGUAAUACUUACUUAUGCAAACGUAGAUUAAGUCCAUCGAUGAAAUAUUUUCGUGAAUUUUUCAUGAUUGAUUGAACAACACAUUGAUUGAAGAUAUUCAGUAUUUCAGCAAAAUUGAAAUAAUUUACUGGAAAAAAAAAUAAUAAAAUUAUUUCUGAUGGUCAUACUCUUAAA